UAAGAAGAUAUCAUAGAUUUCAAUGAAGCCUCGUACUGGCAACAUUUAGGAUUUUUUAACUUUAGUCAACUUAAUGGCCAGUGUGUUGUUGACACGUUCGUAUGGGUUCGUGGAUAUUGUUUCAUGAACACACCGGGAACAAAAUAACCUCUCCGUGAUUUAUUUGUAAAGAAAAUUAAGUUAAACAGGGUAAAGCAGUAAAUCGCAACUGCACAUUUUCAUUAAAAACACUCUCAGCCUCAGUUGACCAGCUUUGUUCCGCCCGCCUCCUCUCCGGCCAAUCCGCUUCUCCAACCGCCGAUCUGCUCAUUCCGAAAGUGAAAGUAAGGAAGCGGACCCGAGGACUCGAGCUGUAAAGCCCGCAAUUUAAACGUUGACCGCAAACUGGAGCAGUCGCAUCGUGUAGGAGCGUGUAUGGUAAACAAACAUGGCCUCAAUUUGCGUCCUCCUUAUUUUGACCGUCACCAUAAUGAGCAUAGGAAGUGCAAAGACAGGAGAUUUUUCAACUGUGCACUGCCAGAAGGAAACGCUGGGACAGUAUGGCGGUCAGUCGCUCCUGGAGUGUGUUGUAAAAACCCCUCCUGACACAGAGAUUGAUAGCUUCACCUGGAAGAAGGACUCCCGUACCCUGCUGAGUGUCACAGACAGAGUUACUACAGUGCAGGCCCCUGGGUAUUUGUUUGUGACGCCUUCUUCCUGGAACGGCACAAACAUGACGGUGUCCCUGCGCAUCAUCAACACCGAAGUGGAGCACGAGGGACUCUAUGAAGUCAUGGUGUUGACGGACCGCGGCGUCUGCAAAGACUCCACCACACUUCAUGCCACAGCCAAAUACAUGAAACCAACAAUCCACUCAAACCCUGAGGCCAUGAAUCUGACUUGUAAGUCUGAUGGUGGCUACCCAGAAGGCACACUUCGCUGGUUCGGCGGCAACGAGGAGCUCACAGCCUCUCAAAUGAAGGCGAGCCAGGGAGAAAAUGGUCUGUUUCAGCUCUCGAGCACGCUGUCUUUACGAGAAGGAUCCUCUGUGUCCACCUACACCUGCAGGGUGUUUAACGCCAGCGGUGGCAGAGAGCAAGAGACCCUAUUUCCAGUGCCGGACCCAAAAACUGCAGAAAAAGUGGAAGGAGAGCGGCGGAAGGAGCUGGAUCCGCCCACCAAAGUAGUGGCUCCUGUGGUGGUCAUCGGAUCGCUGAUCGUAGGGUUGCUCAUCGCCGUGAUGCUUUACAUAAGGCGAUCUCAAACGGCUCGAAGACAGUCCACAGCACCCCUUACAGGGGGCCGCAGUGAGGCCAAAGAGUACAAUGGAGAUGAUUUGGUAUACACAGACAACAAUGCGUGAGGAGUCCGUGCGAAUUUUGUCACCAUUUUACUGGAAGACACUUCCUUAUAUGCUAAUCUACAUUCUAUCGUUGUACUUUGCCCACAGCUUUGUAUACCGUAUAACCAGGGAUAACCUUUGCUACUGUGAUUACCCGAAAACACGCUUAAAUCAACUCAAUCUAACAAAGUCAUUUGACUGAUUUUGAAUCUGUGAUUAAAUGUGUGAUUGAA